UCCCAGUUGCUCAAGAGCCACUUAGGCUGCUGAUGUGAGUAUGAAUGUAUGCAUUUGAGUGCCAGCGAGCGACUGAGUCGGAGGUGUAUGCAACACUCCUAACGUCACCACAACUGGCCACCACACCGCCACCACCACUGUCCCUGCUGUCCGUCCGGUCAGAGUUGUCGUGGUGCUGCCGGAGUAGCUGCCCUGCUGUCUGUCCGGCCAGAAUUGUAGUAGCUGUCCUACUGUCUGUCCGGCCGUGGUUGUUGUGGCGCUGCCGGCGUAGCUGUGGUUGCUACUGCUGCUUCUGCGGCUGUCGCUGCGGUGUGGGCCUGGGCACAGCAACACAGGAAUGCGACAUAUUGCUGCAGCCGACAACAUGGUAACCAAGAGCAUACGUAUUUCAAAGUUACGGCUGCUGGGGAAAGUGGUGGUGAUUGCCGUUGCCGUGGUCUUCACGAGGGUCUGCCUGACCCUCGUCCUAGACUUCUCUAGCGGCGGCUACCUUCCAGCCUUCUCAAUUACCACCAGCCCGGCCAACGACACCAGCGACGAAGACCGCGGUAAUCCUGAGCAAUUCAUCCCUGACAACCCAUCUAAGAGCCCAGUCGGGCAGCCGGCCGUAGUGCCCGACAAGUAUCAUAUCGAAGAGGAGGACUUCUGCAGGCGCCAGGGAGACCUGCAGGUGGUGGCCUUCGUGCACUCCGCCAUCAGCAGGGUGGAGAAUCGCAGACACACCCGCGCCACCUGGGCAAACUCCACCAUCCACGGCUUCCAGCUCGGGGUCGUCUUCAUGGUGGGACGCGCCAAGACCAAACAGGAAGAGGACAUCGUCAGGGAGGAAAGCAGCUUGUAUCAUGACAUUGUGCAGGGCGACUACGCCGACGACUACCGCCUGCUGAGCUACAAGGCGCUGGCGGCCAUCAAUUGGGUCUUGGGCCACUGUUCCCACGUGCCUUGGACCCUCCACGCCGACGAUGACCUCAUCCUCGACGUCUUCCUUCUGCAGGAGUUCAUCCAGAACCUCAACAGCUCCCAGGAACAGUUCCAGUGUAGGGCCAUAAUGAAGAGUCCAGUACGCCGGAAAGGCAGGUAUAAAGUGGCAAGGAACGAAUACCCAGGGAGGGUGUACCCGCCGUACUGCCAGGGGCCGGUGUGGCUACUCUCCACCCAACACCUCCACAAACUCCUUCAAGCCUCCAAAACAGUCAAUUAUCUGUGGGUGGACGACGCCUACCUCACUGGCCUGCUUCGCGCCAAGGCCAACAUUUCUAUAGCCAAUAUAAAGGCCAAGGUCGGCACCGGUAAGUUCGAUAUGAAGGAUAUCGGUACAAAACUAGCGUGGUUCCACUUGAAGAAGGUAAAGAUGGCGGACAUCUGGCCAGCUGUCGUGCGGCAUCACCAGAAAACCAAAACAAAGGUAACAGAAAUUGUCAGUAAAAAUGUGUCAACUGUGACGGCGGUACCAACAGCGUGACAGGUGUGUCAGGGAGCGUGGCAGAUGUGUCCGGAGCGUGGCAGUUCAUUCAUGGCGGUGUUCAUACUGGGAUGUGAGGUGAAGACAAUACAGGGGCGUCCAAAACCCACAACUCCCGAGAACCGUCAAUGGAGGCAGCUCAGAAAGUUUGAAACAAGUACUCGCUUGAACAGAGCUUGGUCUUGUGCACACACACAUGUUCAAGACUCGCCUGUAAAGAUCCCUGGGGCUAUGUAAACUUGAAUAGCCUAAGGAGCCUACUCAGACUUGGAAUGGAGAAGCCAGGGAGUGAGCUUGUAGCAGCAGUCUCGCGAAGACCCGACCUGUCAGGAGCGACCGAGUAGCAGUAGAGCAGUGAUGGCUGCAGUGAGUGGUUGGCGCCAGGCUGCGGUGUUCAGAGCCAGCCUAGAGUGCGUCAAAAGCAAGUGGGAAGUUGUUGCUUUGGAUUCAGCAAC